UGAAGGAGAGCAGCAUCGAUUGGUCAAGAUCGCUUCCGGACCGCCCAAUGGGAGGAGGGAGGCUGGCUCUGUGUCCAAUGUGCGGAGGUUUCCGGUGUGGAGAAGGCGCCCGGCAAGUUAGUUGUUUUGAGAGUCCCUGGGCUGCUUGGUGUCGCUGCUGUAGGGUGGACGCCGUCCCUCGGGGCGAGCGCUGGCGUACGGGUUCUUCGUGAAUACCAGCGAUGUCCUAUAAACUGUGUAGCUCAGGGACCGUCUGUCAGUCAUCGACGCUCACGCUUGCGUUAGUACAAGAAGCUGCCGCCUAAGAGGGAGCGGACCCCGGCACAUGGCGCGGUGUGGGGGGGACGCUGUCUCGAAAGACACCAGCUGGGUCCCGGCAGCAGGCGGCGGGAGGGGGGUGUGGGAGCGGCAGAGGCUGAAGGAGAUGGUGGCUGAGCAGCUCCGUCAGGAUCUCGGCAGGCUUCUUAAAGAAGAAAUACAUGCAGAUGUCACUUUUUGUGUCGGUGAUACUCUAUUCAGAGCGCAUAAAGCAGUGCUUUUAGCAAGAGUUCCAGACUUCUUCUUAUACUGUACCGGAAAACAAUUAACUAAUCUGAAAGACCAUGAAACUUUUAAUUUGGAGAACUUUGAGCCCUCAGAAUUUAAAACAUUUCUGCAGGUUGUAUAUUCGUCUGAUAAAAACAUUAGGGAAAUCGAGGAAGAGGCUCUGAGGAAAAGAGUACUGGAGCCCAGACAAACACAGGAAAAUGAAAGCCUUACAUCUGGUAGUCUUCAGAACACUCAAAUAUCAGGUGUAAAAUGCAUUGGAAGUGAAACAACGUCUGUUAAUCAGCAUUUUCUGGACGGAGCCAUAGAAAGAGAAUUUGUUUGUUCACCUCAUACUGAAGAUGAAAUUCUAGAAGCCAGUCAUGCUGAAGGCAAUGUAACUAAGCCAGGUAAUUCUGAACUAGAAACCGCAUCUGGGUUAGGAGGAGACUUAAUGAUGCUCUACAAGAAAUGUUGUUGUCCAGAUAUUAAUAUUUGGAUAGAAGGCAACCAGUUUCAAGCUCACAGGGCCAUUUUAUGUGCCAGAUCUAGUUACUUUGCUGCUAUGCUGAGUGGAAAUUGGGCUGAAAGCUCCCAAGAGCACAUCACUCUUCAAGGCAUAAACCAUGUAGAAAUGAAUGUCCUAUUGUAUUUUAUAUAUGGAGGAAUGCUGGACUUCCCAAACAAAGCUGAUGCUGGUCGAAUAUUCAGCGUUGCUGAUAUGUAUGGGCUAGACGGGCUGAAAGAAGUAGCUAUCUAUAUUCUCAAAAGAGACUACUGCAAUUUUUUUCAAAAGCCUAUUCCUGGAAGGCAGCAACAUGUGCUAGAAUGCCUAGCUAUUGCUCAUUCAAUGGAAGUCGAGAACCUUUAUGCUGCUUGCAUGAAAUGGAUAGUAAAAUAUUUUGUGAAAUGUUGGUCAGAGAGGAGCUUUGCCAGUUUACCCACUGAACUUCAGAACAACUGUCUUACUGUGAUAAUUCAAUCUUUGAACUACAAGAAUGCAGCUUCUCUUUUGAUGGAAAGUGACCGGCUGCUCAGUAGUCUUCCCCAAGUGAAAUGGUCUGAAACGGCUAUGGCCUUGGCAUCUAGGCUUCAAGAAGAAUGCAUAACAUUUAUUGUAACAAAGUUCCCUCAUAUAAUAGAGAGUGAAAGUUUUCAUAUUUUCUUGCAGGCACAAGCAAUGAGCAGCAAACCUGAUCUUCUAGAACAAGUUUUAAAAGCAAUUGAGAAAAACAUUAGCAUUGGAAACAGUUGCUUUCUUCUUAUAGCUGUGGAUACUUUGUUGAGCUCCACAAGUGUGAAGGAAAUGGGUUUUACAUGCAAGAUCCAGGCUCUGCGUGAUAAGCUGUGGAUCUUCCUGGUUCAGUCUUUUUAUGCUGUUUGUCACACAGAAAGCUGGAAGCUGAUGAGACCAGAUCAUCAAGAGAAAAUACAAGCAGCUGCUUUUGACAAAGGGGAUGAUCGAAGACUUGGCAAAAAACCUGUAUUCACUAGUUCUCAGCUAAACAGACGCAUUACUGACUCUGUUGAUAUAAAGCACACUUCCUGGAAAGUAAAAGGCAAGAGUAAUUAUUGUGGCAGUUCCUUCACUAAUCAGGAUAAAAUGAAAUCUGAUGGAUUAGGAGCAUCUGGACAUACAUCAAGUACCAAUAGAAAUACUGCUAAGACUUCAAAACAUGAUGACUUAAAGGGAAAAGAUAGUAAGAAAACAGUUUCCAAGAUUACAAAAGAUUCAAAAACUGGGGAAAAAGUUGCUUCACCAAAGGCUAGAGCUGUCAUAAAGCCAAAAAUAGAAAGUAAUGGAAAUGCUAAGGCUGAAAGCUUGAUUACCAAACAAGAUUCAGAGAAGUCAUCAUCUGCAAGUGGGCAAAAAAAUUCUGGAAGUGGAAAAGGUGUAAAAAAUCAGGAGGGAAAAAGUUCAGGUGCCAGACCUAAAGUACUUACUGGAAGCCCAAGUGUGCAAAUCAAAACAAAGCCGUUGAAGAAAACUACAGGGAAAGAAUCACCCUCUCUAGUAACAGAGACUGACAACUUGCUGAAAGUUCCUAGCUCAAGUCCCGAUUUACAGAUUUCCAAUGAACAACUAGAUGAACUCAAAGAGGAUAAACCAGUAGAUGAAGGAAAAAAACAUACCGCAAUGAAAACAAAGUCUGUUUUGAAGAUGACUAAUGGAGCCACCAACAAAAAAGCUAGUGAAUUUGAGACUGACGUUACAACAAAUAGUGUGACAAAAAAACCCACUGGGAAAGGAUACAAUGAACAAAGUCCACAAACAGUUUUGAAGAAAAAGGGAAAUGUGAGUGGCAAUUCUGCAGCUCAGCAGAAGAAAAAGAAUGUACCAGCUAAUGUUGCUAAAAACCAAGGACCACAAGGAGAUUCACAAAAUUCAUUAAAAUCUGGAAUGUCUCUGAAACAAAAUGAAGGAAAACACAUGAUGCAAAAUUUGUCUCAGACAACACUUUCAGAAAAACAACCUUCAUCUAAGAAAAAGAGUAUUAAACAGUCACAAACAUCUGCAGUUAAAGCCACUGCAAAAAUAACAACACCCAAAAAUCAGACGCAUUCAAAGAAAGGUGAGACUAUGAACAGUAAAGACCCAAAACAGAAAAUAGUUACUGGGCAGCCUAUAUCAAAAACUCAAUCUUCAACACAAAGACAUUUAAGAAGUGAAUCUCCUGUUGUCCAGAAAAACGGGCAUAGUCCUGAACAGAAAAUUUCAGAACAGACACUUGAACAUACAUCUGCUACUCUUGCAAUUCAGCCACAUGGCAAUAACAAAUGCAGCCCUGCAAAACAAAGUAAGUGUGAAAAAUCUAUGACAGAGUGUAGCACAGGAGACCUACUCAUGGAAUCAGGGCAACCUGAUCCAAGAAAAUUAUUGGAUCCUCUUGAAAAUGAGGAAUACAAAGUAGAAACCAAACCUUUUUGUACUCAAGUUAGAGGACAAAAUGUUGCUAAGCUGAAUAUUUCAAUGCAAAAUGAAAUGGAAUCAAAACAGGUUUGUGAAGAUGAAAUUGAAAUUGCAUAUCUGGUCGAUAAAAACAAAGAUGAUGGUAAUACAACUGAAUUUAAUUGUUAUACAGAGCCUAGUAGAAAUGCAUACUCAGUCAUUUGCAAGAAUACUGGCCAAAAACUCCCUACUUCAGUUUCAGAAGAAAGAUUGAAAAAGUGCAAAACUGUUUGUGAUUCAGCUCAGAAAUACUUGGGAUAUUCAGGAAACAGCAGUGAUACCUUAAACGCUGAAAUGGGCAUUAGUUAUGGAGAAGAUCAUUUACCCAGCUUUUCUAAGAUAAUGAAUGCCUCUAAUUCAGAACAAGAUGAAAGAAAAUCGUCUAAGACUCAUGUAAAGGGAUUUGCAAGUGCUGGUCAAUUGUCUGAUAAAUCAGCCUUGAUCGAAUACAGGUCUGCUACAGUAGACUCAGAUGCUGCUUCAAAAUGUUUCACAGGACACGUUACAGAAAAAUGUUCACCUAAAGAUAUGGAUACUACAGAAACACCAGAAAGCCAUGAAAAUUCAGAAACUCCCUUUGUGGAUCGUUGGAAUUUGAGUACAAGUGUGUUGGAUCCAAAAGAGAGUCCUGAAUCUGAUACUGGCAGUGCAACAACAUCUUCUGAUGAUAUCAAACCGAGAUCAGAAGACUAUGAUGCUGGAGGUUCACAGGAUGAUGAAGGAUCAAAUGAGAGAGGGAUUUCUAAAUGUAGCACUAUGUUGUGCCAUGAUUUUCUUGGAAGAAGCAGCAGUGAUACAAGUACACCUGAAGAACUAAAAAUCUAUGACAGUAGUCUAAGAAUAGAAGUGAAAAUGAAAAAAGAGGGUUCAGAUCUUUUUCAUGUUAAUUCAACAAGUGAUGAUGAGAUACCAAGAAAAAGACCAGAAAUGUGGUCACAUCAAGGUGUAUUAAGGAUCAAUACUAGGGAAACUGAAAACACUACUUUUGGUAGCACACAAUUUACUCAGGAAGCAGACCAAGUUUCCUCUUCUGCAGAUGAAACGGAAGAUGAAAAAUCUGAAGCAGAAAAUGUAGUAGAAAGCUUUCCUCAAUCUAACCCUCCUACUCAGCCAUUCCAAGGAAUUGUUAAUUUAGCUUUCGAAGAUGCAACAGAGAAUGAUAUUGAAAGUCAAGAAUUUUCUACAACUAAAAAAUUUAAGCGAUCUGUUUUACUUUCAGUAGACGAAUGUGAAGAGUUGGGAUCUGAUGAUGGAGAUGGUCAUGCUCUCCUUCGGCAUUCCAUAGAUUCCCCUACUCCUUCUGAUGUUUUUGAUAGUGUAUCUCAGGAGCAUCAUGAAAAGACUUAUUAUUCAAGGUAUUCGUUGGAAACUGAAGAUGGAUUCCUGGAGUGCAAACAGCAAGAAAAGGAUAGAAGUGACAGAUUAGAUAAAAGAGAGCACUUUUUUCUAGCUCCUCAUAGUACAGAAAUCAAAGGAAAAGAUAAUCAGGGUGCUUCAGUGACAGAACAAAAUUGCCCAGAGAAAGUACUGUCAGUAGCAGAUAGUCAGUGUUCAAUAGAAGAGCAAAAGGUAAAUAGUAAGAAUGAAGAGAUUAAUGAAAUUCAGCAGUGCAAUAAACUUUCAGACAACGACACGAAGUCUCAAGAAAGACCAUGUCAUUUGGACCUUCAUCAAAGAGAUACUAAUUGUGACAUGCAAAAGAAGAGUUCUGUAAAACCCUGUAAGAAUCAGUUACUGACUCUGGAAGGUCAAGUGAGAGAGUGUCAGCGAGCACCUACUGAAUACACUAAUACUGAUUUACCUGCAGGGGACAUAGAUGAUUGUGACGUAUUGGCACAAACCUGCAUGUAUGAGCAUCGACCUUCAAAAACCCUUUCUCCAAUAUAUGAGAUGGAUGUUGGAGAAGCUAUUGAGCAAAGGAUGGAGUCAGAAAGGGACAUUCUAGAUGUGGAUUUUGAAGAUGAGCAAUUUGUAGAACAGGACUGGACUCUUCUCAGGCAAUUGUUAUCUGAGCAGGACUCAAACAUUGAUUUCAAAAACUCUGUUCCUGAAGACCUUAACUUAGCACAAUAUCUUAUCAAUCAGACACUACUUCUGGCACGAGAUGGUUCAAAGCCUCAGGGUAAAUCACACAUUGAUACUUUCAGUAGAUGGACUGAACUAAUGUCACCACUGGAUGAUUCUUCAGCAAGUAUCACAGUGGCGAGCUUUUCCUCUGAAGAUUGUUCUUCUCCUCAAGGGGAAUGGACAAUUCUUGAACUGGAAACCCAUCAUUAAAGUGAUCAAGUGUUUGAAAAUGGACUCCAACCCCUACCCCAAAUCUAUUUUUGAUGCAUUGUUUCCAUACAAUAAUGAAAUACUGCAUCAGUUAAGAACAGCCAAUUCUUGAUACUGAGGCAAUGUUUCCAAUAUAUUGAGGUAAAUACUGUUAAUUUAUAACCUAGCUUUAGUCACAAAUAGAAUAAUUUUUCAAAGCUGAAAUAGAUGUUUUUCUAAAAUCAACUUCGAGCAUGUAUUUUCUAGAAUUGUUAGAAAAAUUAGAUGACUUGCAAGAAAAAUCUUGGUUUAAACUCCAUCUUCCAUCCUCUUUCUGUCGUUUGUUAAUAUAGUCUUUAUUGAGCAUGGAUUUUAACAUGUGACUGCACAAGAAGUAGCACUUUUUUUCGUUUUUGCUCUUCAUACCGUGAUUUUUCAACAAUAAAAGAUUGAGCAUUUGUGUUGAAA